UUGACGCCAUUUUUUGCUUAACAAGGAAAGUGAUCCACUACCACGAGGAAUAGUACGACAACAAAGAGCAGUCUAAUCGAUUUCUUAGAACCUUUUCCUUUUUUUGUAACAUACAGGGGAUUCCCCAGUUAAUAUUUAACUUUUAAACCAGACGGGAUUCCUGCGCUUCAUUCAGCUGACUCCUCGGUUUGCUGGCUCAUUCGUUCAAGAUGGCGGCCACGUCACCUUCAGUCCCACAGCUGUUUACAGAAUUACAGCGAUUAGGCAAGGAAGGGAACUUUUCCAAAGCACAGAAGAUAGCAAAUAAAAUUUUGCAAGAGAAUCCAAAAGAUGCCGAUGCGUUCCAUUGUAAAGUAGUCUGUCUUGUUCAGCAAUCAUGUUUUCGUGAAGCUCUCGAUGUUGUUAACUCAGGAUCCAAGAAAGGGAUAAAGGAGCUGCCAUUUGAGAAAGCAUAUUGUCUGUACAGAUUGAAUAAAACAAGUGAAGCACUAGAAGUUCUAAAGGAUAUUCCUGACCAAGGACAGCGGGAAAAGGAGCUUACUGCUCAAGUGUACUAUCGUCUUGGGGAGUAUGAAAAAUGCAGAUCCAUUUACAAGGAUUUAAUCAAGAAUUCAGAGGAUGACUAUGGAGAUGAAAGAGAAACAAACUUAUCAGCUGUCAUUGCUGCGUCUAACCAGUGGGGAAAGACAAAAUUGUUUUCGGAGAGCGGGCUACGAGAAGAUACCUACGAGUUGUGUUAUAAUGCUGCCUGUUUGUCACUGGCAAAUAAUGAUUAUCAAACAGCAAGGAGUAAGCUGACUCAAGCUGAAGCUCUUUGUCGCAAAUCACUUGAAGAAGAUCCU